AUGCGGCUGUUUAUCACUGUGCUGCUGGCGUUGAGCUGUCCAUUCGGCAGGUCUGAAGUUCUACAAACAUUCAAUAAAUGUAGUGAGUUUUUCUCUGAAGGACAGGUUCCGGUGAUUCCUGGCAUCCUGAAUCUGAACUCUGAGCAUGCUCGCUACAAAAAAAUCUGUCAGAGAUAUAGUUUCACAAGUGUUGGUUCAGGAUAUACAUUUGCAACUCUCUACGACACAGAAAGCAGGAUUCCUGUUUUCUCGGCGUACAAAUACACUGCAAGAGGAGAUUUCAUAAGACCAAAGAUUCCAUGGAUGAUCGAGCCGCAGCCCGAUCCUCAUGUUGUUGGCAUGACUGUUCCAUAUAGAAAUCAGGCCAUCCAUGAAGACUACUUCGAAAACCGCUAUGGAGUGAAUCGUGGUCACUUAUUUCCCAACUGUCACGCAGCUGAUGAAUUCACGGCCAAAUCUACAUUCACACUCACCAACAUUGUGCCACAAAAUAUCAGAUUUAAUGCCGGCGGUUGGAAUCGCAUUGAAAACGAGACCAGAGAUACCAUGAGUACACAUUGCUAUGACAAUAACAAUAAAGUUUUAGCUCAUGUGCUGACCGGAGCUAUACCUGGCAAAAACAAACUAAACAAUAGAGUGAACAUUCCCUCUUACAUGUGGACGGCAUUCUGCUGCUAUAACAGUAGAGAAAGAUUGUGGGUCUCUCAAGCUUACUGGGCCCUAAACAAACAAGAAAAGAACAAUGCAGCGAUCAGUAAAAAGAGCCUGCAGGAAUUACAGCAAUUUCUGAGUCAAAACUUGGCGAAAAAUGUACAGCUGUUUAAGAACUGUAACUAA